UCGCGAGAGUGGUGGAGCUGAGCGGAUCCGAGAGCUGCGGGCGGGCUCGACGUACCCCACCGCGGGGUGGUGCUCUGACUGCGACAACCGUUGAAGGGCUGCCUCCGGGGAGGCAGCGAGGCGCCACCGGUCCCUUAAACAUCUUCUUCUGAAGUACAUUGUACGCUAGGAGGAAUGACUGCACUAUUUUCCUGAGCUAUGGCAGUCAGACUUGAUAGAGGUGACUUCUCUACAGAAACCCCAAACCUGGUAAGGAUGGUUCAGAUUUUGGCAGAUUGUCGCUUCAUCCCCACCCAACGCUGAUAAUAUCAGCAGAGCAGACCUGUACUACAAGAAAUGGUAGUGGAAGUUCUUCAAAGGAAAAAAGAAUAUUAACAGAAAAGUUGGAUCUUCAGGAGCAAAUGAAGAGCAUCAGAAAUGCAACUUUCAUUGUUAGAGAGAGGAGAGAGAGAGAAGCCUCGUUGGUUGACGUCACUUGGUUCAUGAAGCCUUCGCCUAGAAGUGAAGCUGCUGAACAAACCUUGAGAAGAAUCAUCUCCUGCUUCAAUCUGCUGCUGGAUAGGAACUAAUCAGAGAGAGAGAGGCGGAAGACGGAGAAGGAGGGCGUCCAGGGCUUUCCCGAUCACAAAUUUCACCUCCACUCCAACUCUCUUUAUACUUCUCUUGCAAAAAUAAUAAUAGAAAUAAGGAGGUGGUGGGGUUUCCAAAAACAAAAAUCGUAACCUUCAACCAUCUGGGGAAGGCAAAAAUCCCAUCAACCGCAACUCUCAGUUCGAAAGUAAAGAUUUCUCAACAGUUAUGUCACAAGAUUGACCACAUUGAUCACAAUAUGGAGUCUGGAGAACGGUUACCGUCCUCAACAGCCUCCUCUGCUACACCAACUUCAUCUUCUAUACCUUCUGUGGCUUCAUCAGUUUCAAAAGGCGGCCUUUCCACUGGAGCUGCUUCACUUAGCUCUACAAUCAACCCAUGUGGACAUUUAUUCAGAGCAGCUGGGGAUCACCUGUUUAACCUGUCCACAGUGUCGAGUGCCUUCCCAGUGGUCAGCCACCCAGUCUUUGGUCUGCAUUCAGCCAGCUCAGGGCAUUCAGAAUUUGGUGGUUUGGGGACACUUGGUACACCCACAGCCUUAGCUGCACAUCCCCAACUAGCGUCUUUUCCAGGUGCAGAAUGGUGGCGAACAACAGAUGUUCAUACGCGUGCAGGGGCAACCUUCUUUCCACCAUUACUGGGAAUUCCACCACUGUUUGCUCCUCCAGCCCAGAAUCAUGAUUCUUCUUCAUUCCAUUCGAGGGCUUCGGGAAAAAGUAAUCGAAAUGGUCCUGAAAAAGGUGUAAAUGGGUCAAUAAAUGGAAACAAUACGUCGUCUGUAUCUGGUAUCAACACAUCUGUACUAUCCACUACUGCUUCAAGUUCUGUGGGACAAACUAAAAGUAUAAGCUCAGGUGGAGGAAAUCGAAAGUGUAGUCAGGAACCAAACAAAACCCAGCCUUUGGAUGCUAGAGCUGACAAAAUCAAAGAUAAGAAACCAAGGAAGAAAGCUAUGGAAAGUUCUAGCAACAGUGAUAGUGAUUCAGGCACAUCAUCAGACACAUCAAGUGAAGGCAUUAGUAGUAGUGAUUCAGAUGAUCUAGAGGAAGAUGAGGAAGAAGAAGAUCAAAGUAUUGAAGAAAGUGAAGAUGAUGAUUCUGAUUCAGAGAGUGAAGCACAACAUAAAAGUAACAACCAGGUGCUAUUACAUGGUGUUUCAGACCCAAAAGCAGAAGGACAGAAAGCAACUGAAAAAGCCCAGGAAAAAAGAAUACACCAGCCAUUACCUCUUGUGUCUGAGUCCCAGACUCACUCAUCAUUCCAAUCCCAGCAGAAGCAGCCUCAGGUUUUGUCACAGCAGCUUCCAUUUAUUUUCCAAAGCUCUCAGGCAAAGGAGGAAUCUGUGAACAAACACACAAGUGUAAUACAGUCUACGGGAUUGGUGUCCAAUGUGAAACCUUUAUCUUUGGUAAAUCAAGCCAAAAAGGAAAUUUACAUGAAACUCAUAGUUCCUUCUCCUGAUGUACUUAAAGCAGGGAAUAAAAAUACCUCUGAAGAAUCUAGUCCUUUGACCAGUGAAUUGCGUUCCAAACGGGAACAAUAUAAACAGACAUUCCCAGCUCAGUUAAAGAAACAGGAGUCAUCUAAGAGCCUGAAGAAGGUUAUUGCAGCUUUGUCAAAUCCAAAAGCAACCUCUAGUUCACCAGCACAUCCAAAACAAACAUUAGAAAACAACCACCCUAAUCCUUUCUUGACAAAUGCACUUUUAGGUAAUCAUCAACCAAAUGGAGUUAUUCAAAGUGUCAUUCAAGAAGCUCCUCUGGCACUUACUACCAAAACUAAAAUGCAAAGUAAGAUUAAUGAAAACAUUGCUACUUCAAGUAGCACCCCUUUUUCCUCACCUGUAAAUCUGAGUACAAGUGGGAGAAGAACCCCUGGCAAUCAGACAACUGUCAUGCCCUCUGCCUCUCCCAUACUGCAUAGUCAAGGGAAGGAAAAAGCAGUUAGCAAUAAUGUGAACACAGUAAAAACACAGCAUCACUCUCAUCCUGCAAAAUCUUUAGUGGAACAGUUCAGAGGAACAGAUUCAGACAUUCCUAGUAGCAAAGAUUCUGAAGAUUCAAAUGAAGAUGAAGAGGAAGAUGAUGAGGAAGAAGAUGAGGAAGAUGAUGAAGAUGAUGAAUCUGAUGACAGCCAAUCAGAAUCAGAUAGUAAUUCAGAAUCAGAUACAGAAGGAUCAGAAGAGGAUGAUGAUGAUGAUAAAGACCAAGAUGAAUCAGAUAGUGAUACUGAAGGAGAGAAAACUUCAAUGAAACUGAAUAAAACAACUUCCUCUGUCAAAAGCCCUUCCAUCAGUCUCACAGCUCACUCAACACCUCGUAACCUCCACAUAGCAAAAGCCCCAGGCUCUGCUCCUGCUGCCUUAUGUUCUGAAUCCCAGUCACCUGCUUUCCUUGGCACACCUUCUUCCACACUUACUUCAAGUCCACACUCUGGCACUUCCAAAAGAAGAAGAGUAACAGAUGAACGUGAGCUGCGUAUUCCUUUGGAAUAUGGCUGGCAGAGAGAGACAAGAAUAAGAAACUUUGGAGGGCGACUUCAAGGAGAAGUAGCAUAUUAUGCUCCAUGUGGAAAGAAACUUAGGCAGUACCCUGAAGUAAUAAAGUAUCUCAGCAGAAAUGGAAUAAUGGAUAUCUCAAGGGACAAUUUCAGCUUCAGUGCAAAAAUAAGAUUGGGUGACUUCUAUGAAGCCAGAGAUGGACCGCAGGGAAUGCAGUGGUGUCUUUUGAAAGAAGAGGAUGUCAUUCCCCGUAUCAGGGCAAUGGAGUGUCGUAGAGGAAGACCACCAAAUCCAGAUAGACAGCGAGCAAGAGAGGAAUCCAGGAUGAGAUGUCGGAAGGGUCGGCCUCCAAAUGUUGGCAGUGCUGAAUUUCUAGAUAACACAGAUGCCAAGUUACUAAGAAAACUGCAAGCUCAAGAAAUAGCCAGGCAAGCAGCACAAAUAAAGCUUUUGAGAAAACUGCAAAAGCAGGAACAGGCUCGGGUUGCCAAAGAAGCUAAAAAACAACGAGCAAUAAUGGCUGCUGAGGAGAAGCGAAAGCAAAAAGAACAGAUAAAGAUUAUGAAACAACAGGAAAAAAUUAAGAGAAUACAACAAAUCAGAAUGGAAAAAGAGCUUCGAGCCCAGCAAAUUCUAGAGGCAAAAAAGAAAAAGAAGGAAGAAGCAGCAAAUGCCAAAUUAUUGGAGGCCGAGAAACGAAUAAAGGAAAAAGAAAUGAGAAGACAACAAGCUGUUCUUCUAAAGCAUCAGGAGUUGGAGAGGCAUAGACUAGAUAUGGUAUGGGAACGAGAGAGAAGGAGACAACAUAUGAUGCUUAUGAAAGCUAUGGAAGCGCGUAAAAAAGCAGAAGAAAAAGAACGGUUAAAGCAAGAAAAACGUGAUGAGAAAAGAUUAAAUAAAGAACGUAAACUAGAGCAACGAAGAUUAGAAUUAGAAAUGGCAAAGGAACUAAAGAAGCCUAAUGAAGACAUGUGCUUAGCAGACCAAAAGCCUUUGCCAGAGUUGCCUCGUAUUCCAGGACUUGUUCUCUCUGGAAGUACAUUUUCAGACUGUCUGAUGGUGGUGCAGUUCUUACGAAACUUUGGUAAAGUUUUGGGCUUCGAUGUGAAUAUUGAUGUUCCAAACCUGAGUGUUCUUCAAGAGGGAUUGCUAAAUAUAGGAGACAGCAUGGGUGAAGUACAAGACUUGCUUGUGAGGCUCCUCUCAGCUGCUGUAUGUGAUCCCGGUCUAAUUACAGGAUACAAGGCCAAAACAGCUCUUGGAGAACAUUUGCUGAAUGUUGGUGUGAAUCGAGACAAUGUUUCCGAGAUUUUGCAAAUUUUUAUGGAAGCACACUGUGGACAAACUGAGCUUACUGAAAGCCUGAAGACCAAAGCUUUUCAGGCUCACACUCCAGCACAGAAAGCCUCAGUUCUGGCUUUCCUGAUCAAUGAACUGGCGUGCAGCAAGAGUGUGGUGAGUGAAAUCGACAAGAACAUUGAUUACAUGUCAAAUUUGAGGAGAGAUAAAUGGGUGGUAGAAGGUAAACUCCGCAAGCUCAGAAUCAUUCAUGCUAAGAAAACAGGCAAAAGAGACACUUCAGGUGGCAUUGAUCUUGGAGAAGAACAGCAUCCACUGGGCACACCCACUCCAGGACGCAAACGAAGAAGGAAGGGAGGAGAUAGUGAUUAUGAUGAUGAUGAUGAUGAUGAUAGUGAUGACCAAGCUGAUGAAGAUGAUGAGGAUGAAGAAGAUAAAGAAGACAAAAAAGGAAAGAAGACUGAGAUCUGUGAAGAUGAGGAUGAAGGUGACCAAGCAGCAAGUGUUGAAGAGCUAGAAAAACAGAUUGAAAAACUGAGUAAACAACAGAGUCAGUACAGAAGGAAGCUCUUUGACGCUUCUCACUCUUUACGUUCGAUGAUGUUUGGCCAGGAUCGUUACAGACGCCGGUACUGGAUUCUUCCCCAAUGUGGGGGGAUUUUUGUAGAAGGCAUGGAGAGUGGUGAAGGACUAGAAGAAAUUGCAAAAGAAAGAGAAAAACUAAAAAAGGCAGAAAGUAUCCAGAUCAAAGAAGAACUAUUUGAGACUUCUGAGGACACUUUAAAUUGUUCAAAUCCAAAUCAUUGUGAGCAAAAGGAAGAUACUAAAGAAAAAGAUAACACAAAUCUGUUUCUUCAGAAACCUGAUUCAUUUUCAAAAUUAAGCAAGCUUUUAGAAGUAGCUAAGAUGCCUCCUGAGUCAGAUGUAAUAACCCCCAAACCAAACAGUAGUGCAAAUGGGUGCACAUUGUCUUAUCAAAACAGUGGAAAACAUUCAUUGGGCAGCAUUCAGUCAACAGCAACACAAAGCAGCGUGGAAAAGACAGACUCUAAUAAUCUGUUCAAUACCAGUUCAGGUGGUCCAGGGAAGUUCUAUAGUCCUCUCCCCAAUGACCAGUUGUUAAAAACACUGACUGAAAAGAAUAGACAGUGGUUUAGCCUUUUGCCAAGGACACCUUGUGAUGACACAUCACUUACCCAUGCAGGUAUGUCAACUGCUUCUUUAGUGACCCCUCAGUCUCAGCCACCAUCUAAGUCACCUUCGCCUGCCCCAGCUCCUCUUCUUGGAUCAUCUUCUGCUCAGAAUCCUGUUGGCCUAAAUCCAUUUGCUUUAUCACCUCUUCAGAUGAAAAGUGGAGUAUCUAUGAUGGGACUCCAGUUUUGUGGGUGGCCCACCAGUGUGCUUACUUCCAGUAAUCCAUUUACAUCACCUUUACCUAGUCUUGGAUCAGGGUUGGGAUUAUCAGAAGGAAACAGUAAUUCAUUCUUGACUCCUAAUGUUGCUUCAAGUAAAAGUGAAUCUCCAGUACCACAGAAUGAAAAAGUCUCUUCAACUCAGCCUGUAGCUGUUGAAGUAGCAAAACCAGUAGAUUUUCCUAAUCCAAAACCUAUUCCAGAAGAAAUGCAGUUUGGUUGGUGGAGAAUUAUUGACCCAGAGGACCUAAAAGCUUUGCUCAAAGUACUCCAUCUCAGAGGAAUAAGAGAAAAGGCGUUACAAAAGCAAAUUCAGAAACACUUGGAUUAUAUUACUCAAGCUUGCAUCAAAAAUAAGGAUGUUGCUAUUAUUGAAUUAAAUGAACAUGAAGAAAACCAGGUAACUCGAGAUAUUGUGGAGAACUGGUCAGUAGAAGAACAAGCAAUGGAAAUGGAUUUGAGUAUUCUUCAACAGGUAGAAGAUCUAGAAAGGAGAGUUGCAUCAGCAAGUUUGCAAGUGAAGGGUUGGAUGUGUCCAGAGCCUGCAUCAGAAAGGGAGGACUUGGUAUAUUUUGAACAUAAAUCAUUUUCUAAAUUGUGCAAGGAGCAUGAUGGAGAAUUUACUGGCGAAGAAGAAAGCAGUGCACAUGCACUGGAACGGAAGAGUGACAACCCCCUAGAUAUAGCUGUAACCAGGCUGGCUGAUUUGGAGUGGAACAUUGAAAGAAGGUAUCUGAAGAGCCCCUUAAGUACCACCAUUCAGAUCAAACUGGAUAAUGUGGGCACAGUUACUGUCCCUGCUCCUGCACCAUCCAUUAGUGGUGAUGGUGACGGAAUUGAAGAGGAUAUUGCUCCAGGGCUCAGGGUAUGGAGAAGGGCAUUAUCAGAAGCUCGCAGUGCUGCACAGGUAGCUCUGUGCAUUCAGCAGUUACAGAAAUCAGUAGCAUGGGAAAAAUCAAUUAUGAAAGUUUACUGCCAGAUCUGUCGAAAGGGAGAUAAUGAAGAACUGCUCCUCCUUUGCGAUGGCUGUGACAAAGGCUGUCAUACAUACUGCCAUAGACCCAAGAUUACAACUAUACCAGAUGGGGACUGGUUUUGUCCAGCUUGCAUUGCUAAGGCAAGUGGUCAAACUCUAAAAAUCAAAAAACUUCAUGUCAAAGGAAAAAAGACUGAGUCAAAAAAAGUCAAGAAAGUAACUUUAACAGGGGAUACUGAGGAUGAAGACUCUGCAUCUACAAGUAGUUCAUUAAAAAGAGGAAUCAAAGACCUGAAAAAAAGAAAAAUGGAGGAAAAUACUUCUAUUAGUUUGUCAAAACAAGAAAGUUUUACUUUUGUUAAGAAACCUAAAAGAGAUGACUCCAAGGACCUAGCUCUUUGCAGUAUGAUCCUUACUGAAAUGGAAACUCAUGAGGAUGCAUGGCCUUUUCUACUUCCUGUAAACUUGAAACUUGUUCCUGGUUAUAAGAAAGUUAUUAAGAAGCCUAUGGAUUUUUCCACAAUUAGAGAGAAAUUAAGUAGUGGACAGUAUCCAAACCUUGAAACUUUUGCUCUAGAUGUCAGGCUUGUUUUUGACAACUGUGAAACAUUUAAUGAAGAUGAUUCUGAUAUAGGCAGAGCUGGCCACAGUAUGAGGAAGUAUUUUGAAAAAAAGUGGACAGAUACUUUCAAAGUGAGCUGAAGUUAUAAUAAUCUCUCUUUUUUUUUUUCCUUUUAAACAAGGACAAAUGAACCAGCAAUGUGAACUGUAUUUACAUACAUGUGCAAGGCACAUACAUAAUGACUUUUUUUUCCUUAAAAUAAAUAUCACACAAAAAAAAAGUAUCAGAAGAAUGAUACCGUUUUUAAAGGCUUCACUCCUACAACAACCAAGGCCCUUGGUUAUUGGUUUGUGUGAUUUAUCAGCUAAUUUAGGUAGAACAGGGAAGCACACCCAAAGAAUUUUCAAAGGAAAGGGUGUUAUAGUGCAAUAGCAAUUAAAAUGUAUCAAAUCGCACUGAAUAUUCAACACCAGAGCUCUAACGUGGGAAAUGGUUCUCCUUUCCCUCUCAAUAAAUAUCUAUUUUUCAUUUUUUUACUUUGUAGUUUAUUUUUUAGUGAAUGUAUUUAAUUUUAUGAAUUAUUUAUGAUUAAACCACAUCCAGAAUCUUCGUUUUCUGUGAAAAGGAAGAACUAGAAAAAUUGCUUUAAAUCUUGAAAAUACAACAAGGAAUGUUUUAAAAUAUAAAACAAAGCCAAGUUAAACUGUUUACACUGAUGUGCUAUAAAAGCACCAAAAAUAAACUUUACUGUAGAGUUACAAGUACAUUUAUAUAUAUAUAUAUAUAUAUACAUAUAUAUAUGUAUAUAUAUAUAUGUUGCUGCAUCACUUGUGUAGUUAAAUUGUAUUUCAAGACAGUGAAGAAAAAUUGACAUGUAUAUACUGUUCAUUAUUGUUUAUAUUAAGUCUUGUUUUAAAUAUGUAUUAUGUGUAUAUAUUGUUUGCAGACAUUAUUGUUUAUGCCUUAGAAGGAUUGUAGCAUUUUAUUUUAGUCUGAAGGUAAUUAUAGCUAUACAGCUUGUACAGUAAUUAUCCUCUACCAACACUGUGGCAUCUCCUUGAUCUUGGUAGUGCCUGCCUUUGAAACAGGGUGUAGGGGAUAUUAGUUUUCCAUUUUUUCUAUUUUGUUAUAUAAUUUUAAGCCACCAGGGCCUAAAUUAAAGUAUAAUCAUUUGUAUCCAUGUGGAAUAAAAUUGUGACAAUUUCCUACGCACACAGUAUUUUUUCAUAGAAACAUUUCCCUCCCAUUUGCCUUGCCUCAGAAAUAAAUUUAAAAGACAUUUGUAACCACUGUGUUUUAACUACUGUGUGUUGUGGUGGCCUGUUGGAGGCAAGUAGAUCAGAAUUUUUUUGUACCUAUGUAAGAGUACUUGAAGUUUUAUUUAAAAUAAAAUGUUGUGGAAAAGGUAGCAUUCUUUUUUUUAGGAGUGUUAUUUUUCACUACUAUGUGUGGCACGGAUACAAUAAAAGACUUUUACAAACUA